CAUCGUCUUUCUCCCCUCUCCUUCAAUCCAUUUUCCUCCUCUCCUCUUCUUUCUGGUCACUUCCACUACCACCACCAUUCCGACCAUAAUCACCACCGGUCGCUGUCACUCCGUUCAAAAUAAGGGAUUUCUGACAGUCAAUAUCCUCCGAAAAACGGCGGUUCACUCUAAGACAGCUCCAAGGUUUUGGAGAUUGGAUAAUUUAGGGUUUAUUUGAUCAGGUUCUUCGUCAUUUUGGUCGCAUUAGCGAGACAAAAAUUGGGCAUCGUGUGAUCUUCCUCUCAAAACCACUGUGAUUUGCGGCAUUCUGAUUUUUCACUUACCAGGGGACUUGGAAAAGCACUUGCCUCGCUCAAUGUGGUUGGGCCCAAUGUAAUUUGGGUAGCUUAGAGUGAAGAAGCUAGAUAGGCCUGUAAUGGUGUCAAUAGUUUUGACUGAAGAUUUCCAGAUUUUUCUACGAAUAAUCAACAACACUAAUGUCAGAACUGCAGCCUUCUUUGAUGGAAUUAGUCGAAUUUUUGCCAACAUUUUCUGCAACAAAGCCAAUAGUGGGUUGUGGCAAAGGCAUGAUCCACUAUCGCCUACUGUGCUUGAUGAGGGGAUUGUGAAGGUUGAUACUCCCCACUCUAUCGUAGCCCAAGGUUGGUCUUUAGAAAGGAAUAGGCAACAUAAGGAUAAUGGGGAUUCUCAAGCUGUUUUCAACGCAUUGGAGACAGUGCUGAAGGACAGCUUGGAACGUCUAAAGACGAGAAGGGAAAGCUUUGCUGGAAGUGACCAUGCUGCCCUGGUUAGGGCUUUGUGUGUAGAUGGUAAGGUUGGAGAAGCACUCCAACUUCGGAACAAGAUGCUACAAAAAUCUCUAUAUCGAGAUGAGUUUCUUAGUGUUUUUACGUACAAUCAUCUUAUAAACGGGUUUUGCAAGAAGGGGGAAAUGGAAAAGGCCACUUCACUCUUGAAGGAGAUGUCUGAAGUGGGCUGCAUUCCGAAUCGAGUUACAUACAACACCUUGAUUCAUGGUUACUGCCGCCUAGGUAAUGUAAAUGAAGCUUAUCGUGUUGUCCGUUUUAUAAAUAAGCCUAACAAAGUUACUUGGAAUACACUCUUACAUGCACACUGCAGAGAAGGUCUCUCAGAGAAUGCUAAGAAAAUUUUGGCAGAGAAGUUAGACAAGAGUAGUUUGAGCAAAGAAAGAAAAGAAAGAAUGAGUGAUAGUGAGAGAAAAUCAGAUAAGAUUACCUCAACGAUACUUUUAGAUACUUAUUGUAAGGAAGGAGACAUGGAUCAGGCUCUGAAGUUAUGGACUAAGAUGUCCCAAAAGGGUUCACUGAUAGAUGUUACUGCCUACAAUGCCCUCAUCCAUGGGUUCUUGUUGAAAAAUGAAUUUGGGGAUGCUUAUGCGUAUCUCUGUGAUAUGCUUAAGAGGGGAUUUCAUCCUGACUUAUUCACAUAUAACACCCUUAUAAGUAGGCUAUGCAUGUUAGGAAAGGUAGACGAAGCUUGUGAGGUUCAUAGUGUGAUGUCAAGAGUGGGGGUUAAACCAGAUCACACAUCUUAUCAAAUGGUCAUUCGUACCCUUUGUCUAUAUGGGAAGGUUACCAAGGCUAAAAACAUUCUCAUUAGUAUGUUGGAAAAUUCAAUCAUACCCAAGCCUUUUAUCUGGAAUGUGAUGAUUGGCGAGUAUAUAAAGUGCAAAGAUCUCGAAAGUGUUUUAAUUCUUAGAGAUCAGAUGAGAGCAUUGGGUGUUGUACCAAAUAUCUUUACUUAUAACGCAUUGACUCAUGCAUUAAUAAAGGGGGGAUACAUCCGUGAAGCUCUAGAUCUAAGGCACGAAAUCAGGUUAAAUGGACUUCUUCCUGAUAUUGUUACCUACAACAUGUUAAUAGGUGCUGCAUGCAAUACUGGUGAUCUUCGUUUCGCACUUCAAUUGCUGAAUGAAAUGUCAGUAGACUGCACCCCAGAUAUUAUAACCUAUACUGAGCUGAUUCGAGGUUUUUGUAGGAAAAAAAAGAUGAAGCAUGCAUUAGAACUAUUCCGUAAGAUACAGACAGUUGGUUUACCCACCAGCGAUGUUCCAUUUCAGAUACUCAUCAAAGCUUACUGCAAAAUGGGAGAACCCGAAAAAGCAUUCAGUAUUUACCAGGAAAUGGUCAGGAAGGGGCUGACUGGUCGCUAUUCAACUUAUCAUGCCCUAUUUUCUGAGCUGUUGAGGAAAGGAUUUAAAGAGGCAGCAGAGCAUGUGUUCACUACCCACAUGUAAAUAUUGUGGUAGCAUUUGUUACCAGCUCUGAUCUUUCUGCAAGUCGACAUCAGUUGUUUAGUGUGGAUGGAAAACAUAUUGUUCUAUACUGAAUGUAACUUGGUGAAGAAGCAAGAUACAGUUUGGUGUUCAACCGCAUUAAUUGGCUGGUGGCAUCCUGGGAUUAAACCCUCUACUUCGUGGUAGCAAAUUAGACUCCGGUCCAACCUACUGGUUUGAUCCUCUCGAAAUUUAAAGGCAGGCGUUUCUACUUCCGUCAUUUCAGAUAAUGAGAGCUAUAAACUCUCUACAGAUUGUGCAAGCACUUGGAAGAUGUGGAUUUGUUCAGGUCAUUGCCGUCACAAAUAUCUGGUAGUAGUCUAGCAGAGCAUCUUAAACAAAGAAGGUUCUGCGGAGCUUGAAUCUGGCAGACAAGUGCUUCUCAUGGGAUAAGCUGAAGCUUUCUCAGGGCCGGACCUGAUGUGGAAGCAGGGAAAGGCUAAAACGUUAGGCACCUAGUAGAGCAUCUCUAACAGCAGGAAGAGGAAAAGGUUUCUUUUUUUUUUCUACUGGUUUAAAUAUUUUAUGUAAAACAAUAAUUAAAAAAAAUAGUCAAAAAACUAGUCAGCAGGGAGGUAACCGAAGGUGUAGUGAAGACUUUUUUUUAACACCUUCACAUUUAGUAUCUUACCCCUCCUAGUUGGUACGAUCUAACUAUUAGAGAUUGAGUUUAUGCUAAAUAAGGGUCUAAAAUCC